CCCGGGUUAGACCUCAGAGCGAAGCCAGCCAUGGAACGGGGCGGGGGAAAGUUUGGCACCCUGCAAGGGGUUGUCGAACUGGGGUGGGCGGGGCGCCCGAGGGUACUUUAGCCCUCCGAAUUUAGGGGCGCCGGCUGCCGGGACCUGAGGCGGUGUGCGGCCAUGGACCGCGGAGCUGCGGCGGCCCAGGGCACUGCCCCGCCUCAGGAUGGAGAGCAGCCCGCAGAGUCUCCGGAGCCGCCACCGCCGUGGCCGCCGCCGCAGCCGCCGCCGCCACCGCCGGCGCGGGUUCCUCCGCUGCUCCACGCGCCUUCGCCAGAACCCGCACCGCAGUUCUGUCCAGAGCCUGCUCCAGAACCCGGUCCGGAGGCGACCCCAGAACCAGCUACAGAACUAGACACAGAACCGAUCCCAGAACCAGAGACAGAACCGGCCCUAGAGCCAACCCCAGAACCAGCCCCAGAACUAGAUGUAGAAUCGAUCUCAGAACCAGCCACGGAACCGGCCCCCGAGCCGGCCCCAGAACCAGCCCCAGAACCGGUCCCCGAGCCGGCCCCAGAACCAGCCCCAGAUCCGGCCCCAGAGCCGAUCCCAGUACCAGCCGUAGAACCGGCCCCCGGGCCGGCCCCAGAACCAGCCACAGAACCAGCCACAAAGUUCUGCCCUGAGCCGGCUCAAGUGUCCCGUCCGGAGCCGAGCCCAGCACCACGUCUAUUACAGUGCCCAGUGGUCGCUCCAGAGAGGGGUCUAAAGACCUCUCCAUCGCCCCGAACGCCAGUGCUGCUGUCCAGUAUAAAGAAAAUAUUGAAGGAAGGACCUCUGCUGAAGAACUGUAACUCCUUCAAGAGAUGGAAGCUUAGAUAUUUUCUGGUUCGAGGACAAAGGCUCUGCUUUGCACAUCAUCCUGCGUUUGCACGUUUUGAAACUAUUGAUCUGUCUCAAGUUGCCUUGGCAGAAAGCAGUUGCAGAAACCUUUGCCACAGUUUUUGCGUGAUCACACCACAGCGAAAAGUUACGCUAGCUGCACCCAACCGAAAAGACAUGGAAGAAUGGAUUAACGUAAUAAAAACUGUGCAACAGGGAGAAAUUCGUAAGAUACCUGCAGCAGAAAACAAUCCUUUUCUUGUUGGAAUGCACUACUGGUACUCCAGCCACAGUUCCAGAACCCAGCACUGCAAUGUUUGUCGGGGAAGCAUUCCUGCCUUUUCUCGAAAUGUUAUCAUCUGUGAAGUGUGCAAAGUCAAGUCUCACAGACUAUGUGCUUUAAGAGCAAGCAAAGAUUGCAAAUGGAAUACUUUAUCCAUUACUGAUGACCUCCUCAUGCCCGCAGAUGAAGUAAAAACUAUGCCUCAUCAGUGGGUAGAAGGAAACAUAUCUGCCAGUUCUCAAUGUGCAGUAUGUCAUGAGAACUGUGGCAGUUACCAGAGACUUCAAGAUUUCCGGUGUCUCUGGUGUAAUUCUACGGUGCAUGAUGACUGCAGGAGACGGUUUUCCAAGGAAUGCUGGUUCGGAAGUCAUCGAUCAUCAGUCAUUCCUCCCACUGCCCUCAGCGACCCCAAAGGUGAUGGCCAAUUAGUAGUAUCUUCAGACUUCUGGAAUCUUGAUUGGUCUUCAGCCUGUUCAUGCCCCCUUCUCAUCUUCAUCAACUCAAAAAGCGGCGAUCACCAGGGGAUCGUCUUCCUCCGGAAAUUCAAGCAAUACCUCAACCCGUCUCAAGUGUUUGACCUGUCGAAGGGUGGACCAGAAGCCGGGCUCUGCAUGUUCAAGAACUUUGCUCGUUUUCGCAUCGUGGUUUGUGGUGGCGAUGGCAGCGUGAGCUGGGUCCUGUCUCUGAUUGAUGCCUUUGAAUUAAAUGAACGGUGUCAGCUGGCAGUCAUCCCGCUUGGAACCGGUAAUGAUCUGGCCCGUGUCCUAGGCUGGGGUGCGUUCUGGAACAGAAACAAGUCACCUCUGAACAUCCUCAACAGAGUGGAGCAAGCUAGCGUGAGGAUUCUAGACAGAUGGAGUGUAAUGAUCCGUGAGACUCCCAGACAAACCCCAUUGCUAAGAGGACAAGUUGAAAUGGAUGUACCCCGAUUUGAGGCUGCUGCCAUCCAACACUUAGAAUCUGCAACCACUGAGUUGAACAAAAUCCUGAAGGCCAAGUAUCCGACAGAGAUGAUCAUCGCAACCAGAUUCCUGUGCUCAGCAGUGGAAGAUUUUGUGGUUGAUAUCGUAAAGGCCUGGAGCCGGAUAAAACAGAACAAUACAGCAAUAGAGUCUGUGAUUUUGAAAAGCGACUUAAUGUAUGACAAGCUCAGUGUCCUGAUUGAUAUCCUUGCUGAAGAUGCAGCAGUUGAGAAGAGUAGUACAGCAUAUGCAGACAGUGCCACAGCAGAUGGAAAGCCCUUCGUCCCACAAAUUGACCACAUAGCCAAGUGCAAGAUGGAGCUGGCCACAAAGGCCCAGAAUCUCCAGAAGUCCUUGAAACUCAUCAUAUUCCAAGUUGAACAAGUUCUUGAUGAACAAAGCCGACAGACGAUAUCAGUUAAGAACUUUAGUUCAACUUUCUUCCUGGAAGAUGACUCAGAAGAUAUUAACCAGAUGAGCCCAAGACACCGUUCUCGUCUUGGUACUUUGUCUUCUAUAUCUUCUCUCAAAAGUGAAGACCUAGAAAACCUCAAUUUGGAACACUUAUAUUUUACACCUGAAAUGAUACGCUUCAAAGAAAGGUGUGUCAUGAACAACUACUUUGGAAUUGGACUAGAUGCUAAAAUUUCUCUGGAAUUCAACACCAGAAGAGAUGAACAUCCAGGACAAUACAACAGCCGCCUUAAGAACAAGAUGUGGUAUGGCCUUCUGGGAAGCAAGGAACUCUUUCAGCGCUCUUACAGGAAACUGGAAGAACGAGUGCACCUGGAGUGUGAUGGAGAAGCCAUCUCCUUGCCAAACCUGCAAGGCAUUGUAGUGCUCAACAUUACCAGCUAUGCCGGAGGCGUCAACUUUUGGGGAAGCAGCACAGCAACAACAGAAUAUGAGGCUCCUGCGAUAGAUGAUGGGAAGCUGGAGGUAGUGGCAAUCUUUGGUUCCGUACAGAUGGCAAUGUCCCGUAUCAUCAACCUGCAUCAUCAUCGCAUUGCCCAGUGCCGCGAGGUGAUGAUAACCAUUGAUGGCGAAGAAGGUAUCCCAGUGCAGGUGGACGGGGAGGCCUGGGUUCAGAGGCCAGGCCUUAUCAAGAUUAGAUACAAGAAUGCUGCCCAGAUGCUAACAAGAGAUCGGGACUUGGAGAACUCAAUGAAAAUGUGGGAGUGCAAGCACUCUGAAAUCCAAGCUGCCUCUCAACCCCAGCUGGACUCCCAGGAAUCUCAAGAUAGCCUCUCUGAUGAGGAGUAUGCCCAGAUGCAGCGCUUAGUUCAGCUUGCAGAAAACCUCAUCAGCAGACUUACUGACCUAAGCAAGGUCCACCAGCAUGUGCCUGUCCUCAUGGAUUCUGUGAAUGCCAGUGCUAACAUCUUAAACAACAUAUUUUACAGCCAAGACAGCACCAAUGAGGCAGGUGCAGCUUCCUGCACUCCCAUUGAGACGCUAACCAGAAAUGACGCAGUCGAUGUUACACUUAGUCUUAAAGGGCUCUACGAUGACACCAAAGCUUUCUUGGAUGAAAACUUGCUGAGAAAUGCCGAAUAUGAGGCCACACUGCAAACUUCCCUGGAUGCCAUGAGUAAGGAGUUCGAAAAGCUAUCCAAGAUUGACUGGAUGAAUUCCAUCCUCAUUCCGGAGGAAAAAUCUUCAGACACUGACAGUAGAAGCCUCAGAUUGAAAGUUAAGUUCCCCAAAUUGGGGAAGAAGAAGCCAGAAGAGGAAGACAGGCCUAAAUCAGGCCAAGGCAUCCAGGGUUUUAUUGGUAAUUUGUGGCAUCGCAGACAUCGCAGAGAUGAAGCAAAAGAUGAUGAUCUUCCAACAUCAUCAGAAUCUCAACUAUAGUCCUUGAAGGCUAGAUGGAAGGAGAACUCACAACAUUUAGGAUUCUGCUAAAAACUCUUAAAACCUCAAUACAGGCAAGACUAAAUUAUUUCAGAACAAAUAUGAGCACCACCAAGAAAGAUCCUCCAAUUCUUUACACUAAUAUUUUUUCCUGGACUCAAUCAGGUCUCCUUAGAGGUUAACAUUUUCUCAUUGGCCAAAGAUUCUUGCUCUGAGUUGUCUUGUUCAGUUCUCCUUCUCUUUGCUCAUCUUAAGCAACUACAAUAUUUAAUUGAGAUAAGCUUUUCGUGAAUGGCCUGGGAUCUACAAAGGAUUCAAGGGAGUUCACCUUUUCAGGGAUUUUGGAAUGUUUUUCUCUGACAGAGAAACUAUUGAUGUUAGAGAAUGAAUGAAAGAUAUACUCUCAGGGAGAUUAGGAGAGGGGUCAGGACAGCCAGGCUUAGUGGUGUUUCUCCCCCAAUCCUUGCCAAUUUGCAACUUUUGACUUCAGGAGGUCUUUUCUAGUUGGCUUAUUAAGGUGAGAACUAGGUCCUGGGGGCUUGUCCACUUGCCUGUGACCAUGUGAAAUCUUUUCUUGUGACCACUCUCUCUCUGCAAACCCUUUAUAUUUUUCCAUGUGCGCAUGUACGUCUUUGCACACGUCCAGGUGGUGCUCUGGUGGCUGGGUGGGCCCAUUGAUUGGAACUCACCCCUAUGGCAACCAUACAAGCUCCCCUCCUACUGCCUUGAUCCUAGCCUGCAUGCCUCCAUGGAGAGUUUGCCUGCAUUCUUGCUGGAUUUUUUAACUAAAUGUUUUGCCGCUGUGCUGCAAUAUAGCUAUGUAUAGAGACAUAUAAAGAUAUGUAUAUAUAUAUCUAUAUAUAUAUAGAUAUCUCUAUAUAUAUAUCUAUAUAUUUUUAAGAACUGAAAAUACAACUCGACCUCUAAGUGACCCUAUAAUUUAUUGUGCUAACCCAGGAAUCCCUCCCCACCCUGAUCCCACCCCCUACCCCACCAUUACCCCCACACACAUAGGCCUCUACCAACUGCCCUAGUUCUUGGUGGAGCUUCAAAUCUUUUGGUGCAUUUUCAGCGUCUUAGAAGUGGCUGGGGUCUACCUAUGGCCCAGCUGAUUCUGACGCCCCCUUAAAAUUCUGAGCCAGGCUACAGAAAAGGGAACAAAAACACCAAUGCCCUAGAGAAGGGGGCUAAGCUGGCAUGCUGCCUUUUUUGCUCUGUCCUGGACUCUACAUCAGCAACUGCCCCAAACUGUGCUGUCCCCUUCCCCAAUAAAGACUAUAUGGAGCAACCAGGCCUUGAGCUCUGUGACUUAGAUGCCUGAGCUAGGGGCUGCCUGACCAUCAAGUCGCAGCCUAGGCCCUUCCCCACAAGCUCCAUCUUGGCCUGCGUCUUCUGGGUUAAGUCCCCCCAAAUCACCUUUGAAUCCCCUUUCUUGCUCCUUUCCCUUGAGUACAGGGGGACAUCCAGAGUGACAAGAACAUGGGCCUGGGAAGAGGGAGGCCAAAAGCUUCUGCUUCUCCCAUGGUUCUUCCAAAUUUCUCACAAAAAUAAACCAGGCCAAAAUUGCUCCAAACCCCAAUUCACUUUUUUUUUUGAAUGCCUGUGCCCAAGUCAGGCAAAUCCAAUUGAACUCCAGUAUUUCUCCAGUGGUUCUCUCUAGUCUGCCUUCUGUCCCCACCCACCCUCAACUGAUACCUUUGGGUAAGUGUCCCAUCCCACUUAGCAAGAGCAAGCCAGAAAACUGGCCUCUCCCCACUUCUCAGACAAACUUAGCGUGCUCAAUUACCUGAUUCAGUCCAAUGGCUGGUUCAUUGAGGUGCACAAUCCAGACUCUAAGCACUGGUUCUCAACUCUGGAACUCCACCAGCCUAGCCCACUUCAACCAGCCACCUGUGUUCCACCUCUGCAGGGGUGAGGAGAAAAAUACAAACAAGGGGAUAGUCCCCAGACGUCUGAUUGCUGUGCCAAACAAACAAAAAAAGUCCUAGCUCUACAACUAGAGAAGAAGGCUCAUGGAAAAAAAAAAAAAACAUUGAGAGAAAAAAAAUAUUUAAAACUUAUUUAAGCAUCAGAAUAUGUUAACUUACUGUACGUAUUUCAAUGGGGAAUAUGCUGUUGCUGUGUCUUUGGCUUUCUCUACAUUACUCUUUCUUCCCAGGAAGAGCUAUUAGAUCAAAUCAGUGAGGUCACCAUGGCAGCCCAGCUUGGCUCCUCCGUGGCUACACACGUUAACAGCUGCGCACACGCUCCCUCACAGAGUUGGGAACCAAGUUGCAUUUUUCUCAGAAGAGCCUUUUUUCAAAAUGACAAAUUUCCAAAUGAGCAAAUUUAAGGAAACAAAAGGAAGUCCUGGGAGAGGGUAGCUUUUUCUUGGCAAUGCCUAAGCAGAGCUGUCUUGUAAUUACUUUCAUCACUGAUGACAGUAAACUAUACUCCAUCUCUUGUGCUUGCUUUGCUGACUUGCUAUACGUCUUUGUACGUUGUAAUGCUAUUGCUCUGUGGUACCAUCGGGAUUGCCCUUCACCUACUCUGUCCCCCCACCCUGAGUCAGAAUAAUAGUACAUGAAACCACUGGGAUUUGGGGGCUGGAGUCAACUCACAGAGCAGACCUACUAGGGGAUAAGGCCCAGGAGCAAGUGUGGGCUUGCCAAAUCACUUGGUUACUUCCUAACCUGCUUGGUUAGCAGUUGCUUCCCCAUAAGGAAGACAGCGUUCACUGAGUGCCCGUUCUUGCGCGUACUAGCUUGGAAACAAAGCAGGAAGUGGUGAUCUCUUUCUCAAGGGAGUUGGCUCAGCCUCUGGAAGCAUGAGUUCCUUUCAGGACUUCAUGGUGAACUACCUGCCGGAAUACAAUUUAAUUAUUCGGGUGGUGGGACCAGACGCACACUGUCCAUCUCAAUUAUGUACAGAGACGCCAUCAGGAGCCAACGUUCCGGGGUUUGGUUGCAUCUCUGGAGCACUUCCUGAGGGAUGGAUUGAGUGGGCAAUUCCUAGCCAGAAGAACACUGGGGAAGGAGAACACCAGUGGAUUUGGAGUGUCAUCAACUGCUUUUGGUGUCAGUACCACAGGGGGUCAGCAGCUAUCGGUCCCCUCACCAAAAAGGGCCGAUGUUGUAUCCAAAGGGGCAAGGAGGAAAAAAAAAGGAAGCAUUGUCAACUUAACAAAUCAGGUUAAAGGUUCAUCAGGAGACACAGUUGGGAUCAACAUCAACUUCCCUCAGGAAACAAAUAGAAGAAUUUUAGUUUCAUAAGUAGAAACUGAUACCAAAGCAACCAAACCCAUUAGCACCUUUCCAUACUGUAAAGGACCUUGAUUGGCUUUAUGGUUUGUGGAAUUGCCUUCGUCUGUUUGCUAAUCUUUAUUCUAUGUUAUUUUCUCUGUUUUUUUGGUUUCCUCGGAGGCCCCUGCAAAAAAGCAGCAGGGCCAGGGGCUGGUUGGGGGAGGAAACUGUGGUAUUGAUGGUGUAACAGAAAAAAAAAAAAAAAGCAGAAAGAAAAGGUCCACAAAGUGUGCCUAUUCCUCCUCCCCAUGAAAUGGAACACCAGUCCUCAAAGUUACUAAGUUUUGCUUCCUAAAGUAUUUUAAUAAAUGGAGAAAUGUAA